AUGCAAUACCACGAUGAAAAUAAUUUAGAUGUUAUAAAUCAGAAAAUAACUGAAAUAAAGAAAAAAAUACAAUUAUCAGAGGGACAAAGAAAAGCACAUUUUGAAGAAUGUGAUGCUGAAAAAAAGAAAAAUAUUGAUAAAAUUCGUACACUAAAAAAAGACAUUAGAGAAAUAUAUAAAAAAUUAUCUGAUCCCAAAACGGCAAAAAGGAUAUGUAACGAUUUAAUUUUAAAAACUGUAAACAAUCCAAAAGAAGUGGGUGUUAUACGAAAUAAAAAUAUGGACGACGCCAUUGAUUUUAUGGAUUUGAAAUGCAUCGAUUUAAAUAAACAACUUGAUAUAUUCAAAUUAAAAAACAAAAUGAAAAAACUCGAGUUGAAACAACUCGCCGAAGAGUAUAGAAAACUUGUCGAUUUUAAAAAUGGUAAAAAAUUUGGAAAGUUUGGUAAUAAUGACGACAAAAUAAUAAGCGCGCUGGAAAAUCAAAUUCACAGAGUCGAAAUGAACAUGAUGGAAGCCGAGCACAUAAAUAAAAAAUACAAAACGAUUUGUUUGCAUCUUUUGUCGGAAAGCGUCGAAUUUGAGAGUACGUUAAAAAAAUUAGAGGAUGAGAUAGAAAAACAAAAUGCGGAAAUUCAACAGCUUCAAUUAAUCAACAAGGAAGCUGUCGGGUUGAGAGAUGCUACAAAGGGAACUUUAUUACGUCACGAAAUAACGGCUUUAAAUGCUGGGAAAAAUAGAGAAAAUCAACUUCAAGAUUUUAGACGACGCGUCGAAGAAAGAAAACUCGAGUUGGAAAGGUUGGAACGAAGAAUUUUUCCUGCAGGAAGAGUGGUUUUCGAAGAAGGUACCGAAACCGGAAGUGGGAUUCAACCGAACGAAGUCACCAAUCAAUUGAUCAACCAGCUCGAAUCUGCUUUUAAUAAGCUCAAGCUUGCAACAGGUGAAACCGAAGCCAAAGAUGUUUUGCCCAGGUUCAUAUCUCAAAAGAAAACGAAAGAAAGGCUCGAAUUUUUAAAAAUGAUCACCGAAAAAGAAAAAAAACAAUUGGAAAUGAAAAAAGAAUCUUGUUUAGCCGAAUUAGAAUCGUCGAAAUUUUCAGAAGUCAAAGAUAAAGAAGAAACCGAAGAAAAAAUUGAAAAGCUCAAAAUUGAAAUUAAUUCCGUGGAAAGUCUAAUAGAAAAUAAUUCGAAAGAAUUUAACAAAAUGAAUGAGCAACUUGUUAAAAUCGGAAAUUUUCUUUAUUUAAUCAUUCAAAAAGUGCAGUUUAUGAAUGACGAACUCCCCCCGGAACGAUCGGACAAUGUCGAAAAUUAUAUUAAUUUGAUAGACUGUCUCAGUAGAAAAAUUCAAAGCGGACUUGGCAAUGUAAAUUUGGGUGAAAACCUGCGGGAAACUGUUAAAAACAUGGAACAAAAUGAGGUGAAUGACCGUUAA